AUGGCUACCCCUAGUGUCCUUACCUUUGAUGCUGAGGGUCGGGCUGUUGACUUUGAGGUCUGGGUCGAUCACCUACAACUUUUCCUACAGUGCGAUAGGGCAGAGAGUCUCUCCCUCUUCGAUCUCACGUCUGGUGCCUCUCCUACCCGGCCUGCUGAUGCUGACAGCACUGUUCGCUCACAGUGGGCCACAUGCGAUGCUGCUGCCCGUCUUGCUGUGCGUCGCCACUUACCGACCGCUGAGCGUGCGCACUUUAGUCAGUACAAGAGUGCUAAGACCUUGGACCACUUCCUCUCAGUUUGCCCCACCACACUCACCGUUGACCUCCUCGAGGAGCGCCUCCUGGCAGCAGAGAAGAGUAUAGUCGCUGUAGGAGCCUCUCGUGGUGACCCUCAUACCCCCGUCUUUGAGGGGUGUUCCCCCUCCCCCCUCUUGCCCUCUGUCGCCUCUACUGCUGCGGCCGACCUCGCUGGCUUCGAGUCGGUCGAAGCGGCGUCUGCCCCUAGUGGGAGACGCCGCACCGGCAAGGGCAAGGGGGGCAAGGGCGCUGGAGGAGCUGGCAGGGGCGACGGAGGUGGAGGGGGAGGCGGUGGAGGGAGUGGGGGUGGUGGUGGGAGUGGUGGCAGGGGUGGAGGCGUCGGUGGCAGCAGUGGAGGCGGGGGUGGAGGCGGCAGUGGUGGUGGGAGCGGAGGAGGCGGAGGAGGUGGAGGAGGCAGAGGUGGCGGCGGCGGCAGUGGAGCGGGUCAUAGCCCUACGCAGAGAGGUGGCCCCGGUGGUGGACAGCGCCAGCAGCAGCAGCGCACUCGUGAGACCUCUCCCCCCCAGCAGCUUCGUGAGUGGUACGCUGCGCGUCAGCGGGGUGGGGGUGCUGGCCCGUGCACCUACGCCCUCCGUACCGGUGACCGUGCGGGUGAGCAGUGCGGGGGUCUGCACUCCACCCAGCGCUGCUUCGGCCGCCUGACGGACGCUAGGCGUCACCAGUUCCCUGACGCCACAGAGAUCCCUCGCUGGGGGGAGCUGUCUAGGGCGGGAGUAGCUAUCUUUGAUCUUGACUUUGAUGCUAUUCUUGCUGCCAUGUAG